UCUUCAUCUCCUGCCACCCACCAACAAUUCCCUUCUUCCUUCUUCCUUCUUCCUCGACGUGUCGGUUCAUAAAAAUGGCCACCGGAGCUGCUCUCCGCAAGUCCACCAGGGCUCUAUCAACUCUCCGCCACUUCAAUCAAACCGCGGGAAUGCACACUCGCAUCCACCGUCUCAUCGAGGACAAAGGCUGUGUUCUCAUGCCUGGCUGCUACGAUGCACUCUCUGCUACUUUGAUCGAGCGUGCUGGAUUCGGCGCUAGCUUCUGCUCCGGCUAUGCCGUCUCCGCCUCUCUCCUCGGCAAACCUGAUUUCGGCUUCCUUACGCCGCCGGAAAUGGCGUCAACGGCGAGAAGAGUUUGCGACGCGGCUCCCAAGUUAUCCGUCAUUGUUGAUGCUGNNACUGGUGGUGGCAAUGCUCUCAACGUUACCAGGACUGUGAAGGAUUUGAUUUCAGCAGGCGCUGCUGGUUGUUUCCUUGAGGAUCAAGCAUGGCCUAAGAAGUGUGGACACAUGGCUGGCAAGCAGGUUAUAGUAGCAGAAGACCAUGCUGCAAAGAUAGCGGCAGCGAGGGAGGCAAUCGGCGACGCAGAUUUUUUCCUGGUGGCCAGAACCGAUGCUCGUUCGACAUCUGCAAAAUACGGUCUACAAGAUGCGAUUGCUAGGGCUAAUCUUUACAUCGAGGCCGGAGCCGACGGAUGCUUCGUCGAGGCACCCAGAAACGACGAGGAGUUAAAAGAAAUCGGGCGAAGAACAAACGGAUACAGAGUUGCUAACAUGAUUGAAGGUGGGAUUACACCUUUACACACGCCGGAAGAGCUGAGAGACAUGGGUUUUCAUCUGAUGAAACACCCACUUGCCACCGUCUACGCAGCCAGCCGAGCACUCGUCAACGUUCUAAAUGCUCUCAAGGAGAAGGGAAGUACCCGAGAGUAUCUUCAACACAUGGCCACUUUCAAAGAAUUCAACAAUUUGAUCGAUGCUGAUACUUGGUUUGAUCUCGAAGCACGUUACUCCUCUUACAAAUCUCCUCAGGCACAGGAAACCGCCGUCGGAGGGGAGAGGUAAUAACCAUUUAUACAUAUUGUAUCUAUCAUAAUCUCUACCAGGAGAUGGAGGGCAAUCCCAUUUCUCUCCAGAUAAUAAUAAUAAUAAAAAAAAAAAACUGUAAUCACCAUUAGCAGUGCUUGAGGGGGAAUUACAGACGCUUUUCCUUUUCCCCUCUUUUGUCUCCCACCACCGUUAUUGAAUUACUUUAUUUUUGUGUCACAUGCUUUGAUUUGUACAAUAUAGUACGGCCAUGGAAAUUGUUUCCUUCAUUAUUAAAAUUUGUUAGUUUGUUUGCUGUUGAUUCAGUCCUGUCCCCUACCGCUGGACUUCAAAUAAAACGGAUAGAUUUCCUCAAA